AUGGCUCGCCAGGGUGAUGAGCAGUUGGAUAUGGACCAGAUUGACAUGAGCAUGACGUUUAGUCCGGCGCACGAGGUUGGAAUAUCCUGCGGCACCGUAACAAUCGACCCUGGGAGAGCGAAGGUCCUCAUCAUCUGGAACAACCGCCUUCAGAUCCAUCAACUCCCGAAAGGCAGAAGGAACGUUGAAGAGCACUGGUUCGACACAGCCCUCAGGGAGACGCACGAGGAGACCGGGUUUACGGCUACGCCUUUGGCACUCAAGGUUCCCACGAGAGCCCAACUGCCGAAAAGGGCCCUCCCCAACAAGGGCAAGGGCUACAAGAAGCCAGAGAUUCUUUGGGACCACGUUAGCAGGGAGUUCAUCGGGACAUGCUCCUACCCCGAUCCUCAGUCCAAGUCACCAUCCUUCAAGACGGUGUACUACUGGGCAGCGACAUGUGACUCCACCUCGACGCCCGAUAAGGACACGCAGGAUGAGGGAGAGAACCUGGUGCCAAAAUGGAUCGACCUGAUUGAUAUCGAGAAGUUUCUUCGAUUCGGGGCUGAGGUUGCCGUGGUGAAGAAGGCGGUGGCGGACAUGAAGCGGUCCGGCCAUAAGAUUGGCGAACAGUGA